UUCUCUAUCGUAAAACCUCUUGGGUAAAAACGUUAUUUCUUUUGGGGUGUGUAUAGCUACGCGCCUAGCGCUGCAAGUAUUUUGCCGGCUGCGCAAGCGAUAGAUAGCGCUAGGGCAUCGCGAUUCGAGCGCUCCGCCAGGGACUCGAGGCGCCAUCGCCAAUCCAGCUCCCGGAAGAAGGCGCAGCGACCUCGGCGAAAUCGAGCAGCGAAAUGGCUGCGGUUGGGGUUUUGGAAUCGUCGUGAUCAGAUCAGCGCUGAUGCCAGAGCUUGCAGAUCGCCGCCGUGAUUCAUACACCAGAAGCUGGGGCUGGAUCCCAAAUCCGCUGUGAAUGAAUCGAUCUGGCGGCAUGGAAUGGGUCUAGCCUAGUCUAGAGCGGGGUUUGCAAGGGGGCAUUUCUUCGAUACAGGCGUACGAUCUCUUGCCAGGUAUGAAAAAGAGAUGGAGAAACUUCUUUCCGGUCAAGAGCUCUUCAUCAAAGAUCGACAACUCUUCCGGCGGGGACAACAAGCCCUCCAGCAAUCCAUCGCCACUCCACAGCAAUGGUAGAAGCCAGGGAUAUGUAGCACAACAAGGAACAGUGGCUGUGCCGCGAUGGAGUACUCCCAAUGACGUCAUGAACUCCAAUUCGAUCACUCUUGGGAUGGUGAUGGGCAGCAAACAGGAUCUUAGACACCUUCCUGGGUCGCCUGUAGAUGGGCCGCCUGCGAAUUCCUCUUCCGGAUUUGAGCACUUACCUUCGUUCAAGGACGUGCCUAGCUCGGAGAAGCUGGCGCUGCUCGGGAGGAAACUCAAGCUUUGCAGUGUUCUAUCUGACUUCACGGAUCCCUCGAAGAACAUCAAGGAGAAGGAGGUGAAACGGCAGACUUUGGUCGAGACGGUGGAUUUUAUAGGCUCUCCAGGGAACAUCAAGCUCAACGAGGUGGCGUACGAAGAGAUCGUGAAGAUGGUUUCGGUGAACUUGUUCCGGUCAUUGCCACCUUCGCCGCAUUCUAGCUCUGUCUCCGAAGGGCAUGAUCCGGAAGAAGAGGAGCCAACCAUGGAUCCGGCAUGGCCUCAUCUCUCACUCGUCUAUGAGCUCCUCCUGAGAUUUGUUGCGUCACCGGAAACGGAUGCAAAGCAGGCUAAGAGGUACAUUGAUCAUGCAUUCGUACUGAGGCUGCUGGAUCUCUUUGAUUCGGAGGACCCGCGCGAGAGAGAUUACUUGAAGACCAUCCUUCACCGGAUUUACGGGAAGUUCAUGGUCCACCGUCCAUUCAUCAGGAAGGCUAUCAACAACAUUUUCUACAGGUUCAUCUUUGAGACGGAAAAGCACAAUGGCAUUGCCGAGCUUCUUGAGAUCUUGGGGAGCAUAAUCAACGGCUUUGCGCUGCCACUCAAGGAAGAGCACAAGUUGUUUCUCGUCAGGGCGCUGAUUCCAUUGCACAAGCCGAAAUGUGUGUCACUCUACCACCAGCAGCUUUCUUACUGCAUCACUCAGUUUGUGGAGAAAGAUAUGAAGCUGGCGGACACGGUGAUCCGGGGCUUACUCAAGUACUGGCCGAUCACUAACAGUCAGAAGGAGGUGCUGUUUCUUGCCGAGUUGGAGGAGGUUUUAGAGGCGACUCAAGCACCAGAGUUCCAACGCUGUAUGCUGCCGUUGUUUCGGCAAGUCAGUCGCUGUCUCAACAGUUCGCAUUUCCAGGUGGCGGAACGUGCUCUGUUCUUGUGGAACAAUGAUCAUAUUAUCAGCCUGGUGACUCAGAACCGUCAAACAGUGCUGCCUCUCGUGUUCUCAGCAUUGGAGAGAAACACCAGGAAUCACUGGAACCAGACCGUGCACGGGUUAACUGUCAACGUACGGAAGAUGUUUCUGGAGAUGGACAAAGAUCUUUUCGACGAGUGUCAGCGCAAGUAUCUCGAGGAAGAGGAGAAGUCAAAGGGCCUGGAAGAAAAACGGGAGAACAACUGGAAGCGGUUGGAAGCAGCUGCCGCGUCUAGGAUCGAGGCUACGGGUGGUUCGAAGACCAACACGCUUGGUUUGCCGCUGGGUGUGAUAGCUGUUGCUGGAAGCUGAGCAGGCCAGAUGGAUCCUCGUUCAGUUUCUUCUUCAGCGAGCUCGCGAACGUCCCAGGUAUUUUGCCACGGGCGUUUUGCGUCGAGAGAGAUCUUUGUGCUUACUCACGGGAUCGUGUAUCUAUAUUUACUAGCGCAGCUCCUUAUGAGGUGGAGGAUCAGCGACACGACUUGAGAGUGUGUUUCAAAUGAAUCAAGGGGCUGUUUCUUGUAUAAAGCAGAUUUCUCUUACUUUAUUGUGUA